AUGGAUGGACCUUCAAUUCCAAUUCCAAAUGAAGAGAAGAGGGAGGAGGGAAUUUCCUAUUCCAAUAUCUCUCUACGGCCAAUAGAACUCUCAGACUUGGACGAUUUCAUGGUUUGGGCAACGGACGAUCGAGUGACUCGCUUCUGCAGUUGGGAAAGCUACACCUCUCGGGAAGCCGCCCUAGAUUACAUCAAACAGAACAUUAUUCCUCACCCUUGGUACAGAGUCAUCUGCUUGGAGAACCGGCCGGUCGGCGCAAUCUCGGUGAUACCAGGAUCCGGCAACGAUAAUUGCAGAGGCGAGCUGGGUUAUGUGUUAGCUUCAAAGUAUUGGGGGAAAGGGAUCGUCACAAAGGCCGUGAAGCUGGUGGUGUCUUCCAUAUUCAAGGAGUGGCCUCACCUGAUGAGACUUGAAGCCCUUGUGGAUGUUGAGAAUCCAGGAUCACAGAAGGUCCUGGAGAAGGUUGGGUUCCAGAAGGAAGGUGUUCUAAGGAAGUAUCUGAUCCAAAAGGGCAGCAUUCGGGACAUGGUGAUGUACAGUCUUCUCUCCAUUGAUUCUAAGCUCGUGGAUUAGAAUGGAUUUCUGGUUUUU